AUGAGAUUUACUUCAAUCGAUGCUGAACGAAACCCGGCGCCGGCCACGUGGACCCUCGACGGAUGUAUGAUUUUAGAUCGCCCUCCUUCUUGCUGGUAUCAUCGCCAUCAAGAAGAUAAUAUCGCAAAAGAGCAGCGGCGGUGGCCACGAAAGCCAUGGCUGGUCUUCCGGCGGUGGCAGCGGGGGCAGCGGCGGCUGGGACAGGAGAUCUCACAACGACGUAUC